UAUGUACAGUGCAGCCCACGUUCAAUGCAGCAUCGCAAUCCAUUGUUCACUUGGCCAAAUAUAUAUUGGCCACUGCAUUGUUCAUCGAUGUCCGACGUUCAUGGGAGGAUCCGUCAUCUUUUGUCAGAUUGGUGGACUACCUAGAUCUGGUGCAAUCACUGACAGAGUCUGGAGCUGUUCAGAACAAAUAUACACUUGGCAGGAAUUUAGUCACGUGAACGAUCAUCAAUGCUGCACCAGAGCAGUCUGAUGGCAUUCAUUACCGAACCAUAUUCCUACACAAUCGCACCCUGGCCCGCUCCUGUGCUGUUGUCUGUACAUUCGGGUAGAUCGCCAAUACAAGAAGGCACUAUGGCACAGACUGGCACUUCUCAACAAGAGCAGAUAACGCAAAAGAUGGAGGCGGUCAACCUGGAAACGAAAACAAAGGACGGCGCGAAUGUCGAGCCUCCCUCACAAGGCCCUGUGCCGGCGGUCAAUCCCCCCGCUUCCGACUCAGUCCAAAAACCGGAUGGAGGCGUCGUUGAGGCGCAAAAGGUCACACCUUGGGACGUAGAAGGCGGCUUUGUUGAUGGAAAACAGGUCGCGAUCGACUACAAUAAGCUUAUUAAAGAAUUCGGCACGAAGCAGAUCGAUGCAGAGCUACUGCAGCGUUUCGAGACCUUGACGGGAUGGAAACCACACCCACUGCUUCGGCGAGGCACUUUCUUCAGUCACAGAGAACUUGACAAGAUCCUGACGCGGUACGAGCAAGGCAAACCAUUUUAUCUCUACACUGGCCGAGGGCCAAGCAGCACGAGCAUGCACUUGGGGCAUUUGAUCCCUUUCAUGUUUACCAAAUGGUUACAGGACGUCUUUGACUGCCCGCUAGUCAUUCAACUGACCGACGACGAAAAGUUUCUGUUCAAGCAGGAGCUCAAGCUGGAGCAAGUGCAAAAAUUCGCCAAGGAAAACGCCAAGGACAUCAUCGCGUGCGGCUUCAACCCGAACAAGACAUUCAUCUUCUCGGAUCUAGACUACGUUGGCGGCCCAUUCUACCACAACAUUGUUCGCAUUGCGCGGUGCAUCACCGCAAACCAGUCUAAGGGGACAUUUGGCUUCAAUGACUCCGAUAACGUUGGCAAGCUGCAUUUUGUCUCAGUGCAAGCAGCUCCAUCAUUCUCCAACUCAUUCCCUCAGAUUUACGGCAGAAAAUCGGAUAUCCCGUGCCUUAUCCCUUGCGCAAUCGACCAAGAUCCGUACUUCCGCCAAACACGCGACGUCGCUGUGCGGUUGAAGUACCCCAAACCUUCGUUGAUUCACAGCAAGUUCUUCCCCGCGCUGCAAGGCCCGCAGACGAAGAUGAGCGCGUCGAACGAGUUGAGCAGCAUCUACAUGAACGAGACGGCCAACCAGAUCAAGAAUAAGAUCAACAAGCAUGCCUUUUCUGGUGGUCAGGAGACACUCGAGGAGCAGCGGAGGCUCGGCGGCAACCCGGACGUGGACGUCAGCUACCAAUACAUGCUCUUCUUUGUGGACGACGAUGUGAAGAUGAGGGAGUUGGCCGAUGACUACCGCGCUGGCAAGCUGCUCACUGGCGAACUCAAGAAGAUGGCGAUUGCCGUGCUGCAACACGUGGUCAAGACGUUCCAAGAUAACAAGGUGAAAGUGACUGAGGACGUGGUGCGCAACUUCAUGGAUCCCAAGCGCUUGAUCGACCCGACAUUGCCUGCUCCAGGGUCGACGGCGCACCGCCAAGAUCAGCAGGGCAUGUCAUUCAUCCUCCCCACUGUACCGGACGGUAGCGGUGGGAAGUAAAGGGAAUGCAAUGUACACAAAUAACGCCCCAAAUAUUUCAUCGGGAG